AGUUCCGAAUAAGUCAUUUAUGAUAUAGGUAUUAUAAUAAUGAUAAAGUAGAUAAUUAUCUGAGUAAUCUGCAAUAAAUUUGUAUUAGAUCAGUGGGAGUUUGUGUGUUGUCUAGUAAAUACGUAAAGAUAUGUAUUUACUUCUAUGUUUGGCCCUGCUGGGGCCCGCAAUGGGCAUCCCUUUGUCUGAAGUGGCUACCAGAAAUGAAGACCUAAGCGCAGAGUACGUCCUACCAGGAGAGUCCUUUCCGACUUUCUAUGACGUCCAAUUGUUCCUAGAUCCAGGCCAUGUUGAAUCCUUUACUGGAAGUGUCUCUAUAAGAGUACUGCCAGUCAUAUCAACAAGUCAGAUCGUUCUCCAUGCUAUGGCUAUGGAGAUCAACAAUAUCGCCGUCUACGCUGAGGGUAGCACUACGGAUAUCCUCAAUAACUAUACUCUAGCCAACAACGAUACUCACCUGCUCAGAAUCAACUUGAAUACUGCGAUACAGCCUAUGGUGCCUCAUAUAGUAAAUAUAAACUAUACUGGCCAAUUCGCUGAGAACAUGUUUGGGGUUUAUGUGUCAACUUAUCAGGAUGAUGAUGGUAACACGGUGAAUCUGAUCACAUCCCAACUGCAGCCAACGUUUGCCCGUCGUGCUUUCCCUUGCUAUGACGAACCAGCACGCAAAGCUAUCUUUAGAACUACAAUAUAUGCCCCGCCUGCAUUUUCCGUUGUGAGAAGCAACAUGCCUAUCAGAACUGAUGAACUGAAAACCAAUGUAACGGGAUAUGUAAAAUACGAAUUCCAAGAUACACUAGAGAUGUCCACGUACCUUCUCGCUUAUUUAGUAUCGAACUUCGAAGAUAUCGAUAAUUCGGAUGAUCCUAUCUACAACAUUCCGUUCAAAGUAUUCUCAAGACCAGGAACUAAAGACUUCGCUGCAUUUGCAUUGGAUUACGGACAGAGGAAUAUGCUUGCACUGGAAGAAUACACAGAGCUGCCUUACGCUUUCCCCAAGAUCGACAAGGUUGCGGUUCCUGAUUUUGCAGCUGGUGCUAUGGAAAACUGGGGAUUGGUUAUUUAUCGAGAAGUAGCCCUAUUGAUUCAAGAAGGUGUUACGACUACCGCUAUUCGUCAAAAUAUCGCCCGUAUUAUCUGUCACGAAAACACGCACAUGUGGUUUGGAAAUGAAGUCACUCCACAGUCUUGGACCUACACUUGGCUUAAUGAGGGCUUUGCCAACUUCUUCGAAAAUUAUGGAACUGAUCUGGUCCUGCCGAACUUCCGUAUGAUGGAUCAGUACGUGCUGCUUCUUCAAAACGUUAUGCAGAACGACGCUGUUCUUACUGUGAACCCAAUGACACAUCCAGUGUACACACCUUCGGAGAUCCUUGGCACAUUCAACGCGGUUGCUUAUCAGAAAUCUGGAUCCGUGAUUCGUAUGACGCAACACUUCCUCACACCCGAAGUGUUCCGCAGAGGACUCGUUAUCUACUUGCGAGACAACUCUCGCCAAGCGGCCGCCCCUGCUAAUCUAUACGCUGGUCUACAACAAGCUCUUGAUGAAUCUAACCACACCAUUCCCUGGACCUUGGACACCAUUCUAACCCGCUGGACUACCCAAGGUGGAUUUCCAGUCCUGAACGUCAGGCGAACAUCACCAACUGCCGAGUCUAUCUUCGUUUCUCAGGAACGAUACUUCACUGACUCCUCAAUAUCGUCAACUGAUCGCUGGCACGUUCCCAUCAACUGGGUUUUGUCCACCAAUGUGACAUUCAACGACACGAGCCCCCAAGCCUGGAUUCCACCAUCGUUCCCUGCAGUAGCCAUCGACAUCCCUGGACUUUCAGAGGCUGAAUGGAUCAUUGUGAACAAACAGCAAACUGGUUACUACAGAGUGAAUUACGAUACUGAUAACUGGCAAGCUCUAGCUAACGUGUUGAACAGCUCUCACUUGUCGAUCCAUGUACUCAACCGGGCGCAGAUCGUCGACGAUUCCUUCAACUUGGCCAGAAAUGGGCGACUUAGCUACAUCUACCCGUUCGAGAUUUCUCGCUACCUGGUGAAAGAAAAGGACUACGUACCGUGGGCAUCUGCUAACAAUGCUUUGAAUUAUCUAUCCCUAGUUCUGAGUGCAUCUCCUAUCUACGAUCUAUUCCAGUACUACAUGCUUAAUAUAACUGCACCAUUGUUUGAAGAAUUAGGUUUUGAGGGGACUAAUGAGGAGCAUGUUACCGCUUACCACAGGAACAUCAUACUUAACAUUAACUGCCAGAACGGUAACCAAAAAUGCUUAGAGGAAGCCGAAAGUAAGCUUGAGAGCUUCAGACAGGAUCCCUCUCAAACACUCAACCCAGACAUCCAGACUACUGUUUUCUGCUCGGGUCUCCGUGGCGGAAGCGUUGAAAAUUUCAACUUCCUCUGGCAACGAUACCUAAAUAGUACAGAUUCUAGUGAGCAAAGUAUCCUGCUGAAUGCCCUAGGUUGCACUCCAAACGAAGAUCUUCUUGAGUUUUACCUGAACCAAGUGAUUUCCAACGAUUCAGACGUUAGGGAUCAAGACCUACACACUAUUGUGGUGUCUGUUAUUAACGCGAGCCCUCAAAAUAUGGACAUUGCUCUUGACUUCGUUAUUGAACAUUUCGAUAUAAUCCAAUCAAGGGUUCAAGGGAUUUCUGGAACUGCCAAUAUCCUGAAUGCAUUUGCAAGAAGACUGACCUCUGAAGAACAUGACGAAAAGAUCGACACCUUUGUUGAGCGACAUGGAGCAAUUUUCACUGCUGCUGAGACUGCGGUAGUGGGUGCGAUCAAAGAGAACAUCGCUUCCUCCAUCACCUGGAGUCGUGAGCACUUGGCUAUCGUUGAUUCCUGGCUACGUCUGAACUAUGGAAACGGUGCCAAUGCUGUGACAGCUAGCAUACUUCUUAUUUUAUCCAUCUUCAUCACUUUCUUUAACCGAUAAAGUGAUUAUUCUAGUGAUAGUUAUUUGUUUACUUUAACCCAAUUAUAAUUUAAUUUAUUUCUUUAUUUUGUCCACGUCUACGAAAUCAAUGGAUGCUGAGUCCUGUUUAAAAAAUCUAUGUUUGGAAAUUGUUAUACUAAUUUCAAUAAGUUUUUUUUUACACGAAAAGAAACCUGUAACUAUAAGUACCUACGUUUACUCUGGUAAAGUAAUAAUGUAUUAAUAUAUUUUAAGAACUUAUUGCUAUCUUUAAAUUAGUAUAAUGUUUUAUAUGACUUAAAUAAAAAUUGUAUUACUAAAGGCAAAUAUAUUUUUGUAAAAACGUUUUUAU